AUGAAACUAAGCAAUUCUUGUUAUCAAAAUGAUGUGGGUAUGGAGGAUGAUCCUCAUAAGUUGACAAAUCAUCCGUCCGUGGCUGACCGCCAUGCACAGAACAAGGAAGCUAGGCAAUCGAGGGUUGUGCAGCGAAGGCAAAUGCUUGAUGUUCUGGUGCAUGCAUCACGAUGUGGUUCUCCACUUUGUCAAUAUCCUGGUUGUCGUAAGGUGAAAGGUCUUUUCCGGCAUGCGAGAUCAUGCAAAAUACGUGCAUCUGGAGGCUGUGAUCUGUGUAAAAAGAUGUGGUAUCUCCAUCAACUUCAUGCUCGUUCAUGCGAAGAAUCACAAUGCUAUGUUCCACGCUGCAGGGAUAUGAAAGAACUUUUGUGGAGGCUUCAGCAGCAGUCAUAUUCACGACGAAGGGCUGCUGUGAUCAAGAUGAUGAGGCAGAGAGCUGCAGAGAUUGCUGGCAAUUCUGGGUAA